CUGCCUGCCUGCCUCACGACCUCCCCGAGCCGCGCAAUCCCAUACACGAUUAGUCCCAUCUGUCUGUCUUUCAUCGUCACCAGCCAUGUCUGCCGCUACAGGAGCGGGCGCCUUCCCGAUGCCCCCGGCCAACGCUGACCUGGCGACGACCUGGGCUUUCCUGGAGGAGGGCGUCGACCACAUCAUGACCAAGCUCCAGACCGGCGUCUCGUACUCGAAAUACAUGGGCCUCUACACCGUUGCGUACAACUACUGCACGUCCUCGAGGAUGCACAGCUCGACAACCGAGGCGGGCGCCAUUGGCGGUAGGACGGGUGCGAACCUCAUGGGUGCAGAUCUGUAUAACAACUUGAUUCGGUAUUUUGUGUCGCAUCUGAAGGGGCUCAGGGAGAAAUCAGACUCGUUGCAGGACGAGGCGCUGCUGAAGUACUAUGCUGCAGAGUGGGAUCGGUACACGACUGGUGCGAACUACAUCAACCGUCUUUUCACGUACUUGAACCGGCAUUGGGUGAAGCGGGAGAGAGACGAGGGGCGGAGAGGUGUCUAUCCUGUCUAUACGCUCGCACUUGUCCAAUGGAAGCAAAACUUCUUCCUGCAUGUGCAGAGCAAGGACCAGAAACUCGCGGGCGCCAUCCUCCGCUUGAUCGAGCGACAACGAAACGGGGAAACUAUCGACCAAGGUCUUGUCAAGAAGGUAGUGGACUCGUUCGUAUCGCUCGGUAUCGACGAGAGCGACACCAACAAGGGCUCGCUCGAUGUGUACCGGGACCACCUAGAGGUACCGUUCCUCGAGGCGACGGAAAAGUACUACAAACAAGAAUCCGAAGCCUUCCUCGCCGAGAACAGCGUUUCAGACUACCUGAAGAAGGCGGAGGAGCGGCUACGCGAGGAGGAAGACCGCGUCGAGCGGUACCUGAAUACAGACACGCGCAAGAAGCUGAUCAGCAAGUGCGAGCACGUCCUCAUCCGCGAGCACUCGGAGCUCAUGUGGGAGAGCUUCCAGGGGCUGCUGGACUACGAUAAGGACGAGGACCUGCAGCGCAUGUACGCGCUGCUCGCGCGCAUCCCCGAGGGGCUCGAGCCGCUGCGCAAGAAGUUCGAGGAGCACGUGAAGAAGGCGGGGCUCGCGGCGGUGUCGAAGCUCGUCGGCGAGGGCGCGGAGAGCGCGGACGUCGACCCGAAGGCGUACGUCGAUGCGCUGCUGCAGGUGCACCGCAAGAAUUCGGAGACGGUGCAGCGCAGCUUCCGCGGCGAGGCGGGCUUCGUGGCGAGCCUGGACAAGGCGUGCAGGGAGUUUGUGAACCGGAACGCGGCGACUGGCACGUCGACGACAAAGUCGCCGGAGCUGCUGGCGAAGCAUGCCGAUGCGCUGUUGCGGAAGAACAACAAGAUGGCGGAAGAAGAGGAUCUGGAAGGUGCCUUGAACCGUGUCAUGGUUUUGUUCAAGUACAUCGAAGACAAGGAUGUGUUCCAGACGUUCUACACUACCAAGCUUUCCAAGCGUCUCAUCCAUGGUGUAUCCGCAUCAGACGAGGCGGAGGCCAGCAUGAUUACUAAGCUGAAGGAUGCUUGCGGUUUCGAGUACACAAAUAAGCUGCAGCGCAUGUUCACAGACAUGAGCCUUAGCAAGGAUCUGACAGAUCAGUUCAAAGAACGUAUGCAGCAGAACCACGACGACAUGGACAUCAACUUCAGCAUCAUGGUUCUCGGUACAAACUUCUGGCCACUCAACCCGCCCGCGCACGGCUUCAACAUUCCUCAAGAGAUCCUGCCCGUCUACAACCGUUUCCAGCAGUACUAUCAGACGAAGCACUCGGGGCGGAAGCUGACGUGGCUGUGGAACUACUCGAAGAACGAGCUGCGGACGAACUAUCUGAACCAGAAAUACCAGCUGAUGACAAGCUCGUACCAGAUGGCCGUCCUGGUGCAGUAUAACAACAACGAUACGCUGUCGCUGCAGGAGCUCGUCACGGCAACUGCCAUCGACGAGGGGAUUCUGAAGCAGGUGCUCGCACUGUUGACGAAGGCGAAGAUCCUCAUCAACGAGGAGGAAGAUCAGUACGACUUGAAUCCCAACUUCAAGUCCAAGAAGAUCAAGAUCAACCUGAACUUGCCGAUCAAGGCGGAGGUGAAAGCGGAGACAUCCGACGUUAUGAAGACGGUCGAUGAAGACCGGAAGUAUGUGAUCCAGGCGACCAUCGUCCGUAUCAUGAAGGCGCGGAAAACGAUGAAGAAUCAGCAGCUGAUUCAGGAAGUCAUCCAGCAGAUAUCGCAGCGGUUUACGCCCAAGAUUCCGGACAUUAAGAAGGCCAUAGACACAUUGCUAGAGAAGGAGUAUAUUGAACGUGUGGAAGGUACACGAGACACUUUCGCAUAUGUUGCAUGAUCUUUGUACUUGUCUGCCGAUACUAUUGUACGCAUUUUUCAUCUCGUCGCACUGUCCCUGCUGUAGCAUAAUAAAUCCUGAUACGUCUCGAAUA